AUGACUGAUGGUGGCAAUUGUCAGGAUGUCUCUGAACUACGUAGACAAUUCGAAGUCAUCAAACUCGUCCACAGUUCCGUAGAACUCGUCCAAAAACCACCACGUUGUCGUAAGCCGAAGAAGAAAAGGAAACCUAUUAAGGUAUACACAGAUGGCUCGUGUAUCGAUAACAGGGCUUCCGGAUUUGGAGUUUAUUUUGGACCGAAUCAUGAGCUCAACAGAUCCGAACGAAUCAUCGGCCCAAUUCAUAAUAGUGGUCUAGCUGAAAUUCUAGGAGCUCAAAUGGCUUUGAGGUUGUUACGAAAUUGGAAGGGGUAUAAUAAUGAACCGGUCAUACUACGUACGGAUUUUCUCCCGUUGGUACGGGCCAUGAGCGGCGGCACAAGUGACGGGAGAUUCGCGAAGGAAAUGGAAAUGGUGAGAAAGCUAGCGAUGAACUAUCCGAAAGGCGUACAGUUCGAGCAUGUCUACGCUCAUGAUGGCGACCCGGGCAACGAACAGGCUGACGCACUGGCCAGAAUAGCGACGGCAGACGCGAGACGAGCUCUAUCGGCAAGUGCACCGCAGCGAUAUGGCAGGGCGAGUUGGGACCGACGAAGCCGAUCAAGAAGUCGCGAACGGCCAUCUCGAUCAAGGGAACGCAACAGUAACUGGAGUGAGUGA